AUGACGAUCACUCACUCCCACCAUCUCAGCGAUCGCCGCCUCAUCAAGUCAACAGCAUCAGCCGCUGCCGUUUGUGUUCAAAAUCUUGGUUGCUGGAAGGCUGCAGUUAAUGAGAUUCAGUCUUGGCCAGAAUACACAUGUCAGCCGUUACGAGCUUUACCUCAUGCUGCCAACAGUUUGGGAGUUGGCAACAUCUUUGUCAAAGAUGAGAGCAAGCGAUUCGGCGAAUCUCUAGGCUCUUUCAAAGCCUUGGGUGCACCAUACGCUGUUUACUCCAUCCUUGCAGACGAAGUUCUUCGCCAGACUGGAGCUAGGCCAUCGUCCACAGAGUUGCGCAGCGGAAAAUACGGCGCGUUCACUCGGAACGUGACUGUAUGUGUCGCGACGGACGGCAAUCAGGGCCGAGGACUCGCAUACGGUGCCAAGAUAUUUGGCUGUCGAUGCGUGGAUUACAUCCAUAGUCAUGUGAGCCAAGGCCGUGCCAAUGCGAUGACAGAUCUCGGAGCGUUGGUCAUUCGAGUUGAUGGAGAGUAUGAGGAGUCAGUUCGUCGGGCAAGGGAGGAUGCCCACAUGAACGGUUGGCAUUUCGUCAGCAGUACCUCGUGGUCUGACUUCGAUGAAAUCAUUCCGAAGACUGUCAUGAAUGCCUACAUGGUCGUGGUCGAGGAGACGCUCCAAAUGCUGCCCUGCGCAGGGGACAUUACCCAUGUCUUUGUUUGCGGUGGAGUGGGUAGCAUCGCGGCAGCGGUCUUCAUGGGCCUUUACAAGCACUUUCAGGAGCUUCAAGACCUGGGUCACCCUGUUCAGAUUCCACGUUUCGUCGUUAUCGAGCCAAACCAAGCAGACUGUUUGUUGCAAAGUGCCAAGGCGGGAGAAAUGCGCCAGUCCUGUGGCAGCCUGCGCACUCUCAUGGCUGGCUUGGCUUGUCGAGGCCCGUCUCCGGCAGCAUGGAAACUUCUUGAAUGGCUUGCUAGCGACUUUGUCUCAGUUUCUGACUCAAUUGCGGUUGAUGGGAUGAGAUAUCUGGCGGAGGGGUGCGAAGGAGAUGUCCCUGUGGUUUGUGGGGAGUCGUCAGCUGCGAGCAUGGGGCUUCUUCUGAGCUCCAGUUCUAACAAGGCUUUGCGCAAAUCCCUUGGUCUGAAUGAGCAAAGUCAGUGUCUUCUGUUUGGUCUUGAAGGUGCGACAGACCCCGAGAUAUAUGAGGAUUUGGUUGGACGCACGCCUCAGACAGUUUUCGAAGCGCAGAAUAAGUUCUUGGCGACCCAGACGGAAGGUUGA